ACUACGCUGCAAGUGGAUGACGAUAUUUGACGCCGACACGAUAGACAUAGAGAGAGAAAGCUCGUUCUCCCCUUCUCCUUCGUAAACAACGAGCAUCUUUAACAAGCUUUCAGGUUCCUUCGUUCUUCAUAGCUCCUUCGCUCUCUCAUUUGUUCCAAGAAAAGCAGCUAAGCUUUCUUUCUUUCUUGUAACCCAUCAUCCUAAUCUUCGUGUGUUUGUCAAACAUUUUGAUCAACUCCUGCUGUUUAAUUUCUUGAUUGGAGCUUUAUCGAACUCUUUGCGACACACAGGAGAAAUGAUCAAGCUGUUUAAAGUGAAGGAGAAACAAAGGGAACUUGCUGAAAACGCCAAUGGAAAGUCACCUAUCAAGAAACAAAGUGCAGGAGAAUUACGUCUUCAUAAAGAUAUCAGUGAACUGAACUUGCAUAAAACUUGUACAAUGGCUUUCCCGAAUGGCAAGGAUGACUUGAUGAAAUUUGAGGUUACCAUUCGUCCUGAUGAAGGAUAUUAUCGAGGUGGCACUUUUGUGUUCUCGUUCCAAAUUUCAUCCAUCUAUCCUCAUGAAGCACCAAAAGUCAAGUGCAAGACAAAGGUUUAUCAUCCUAAUAUAGACCUGGAAGGAAAUGUUUGCCUCAAUAUUUUACGAGAAGACUGGAAACCUGUUCUGAAUAUUAAUACAAUAAUCUAUGGACUCUUUCAUCUUUUCACGGAACCUAAUCAUGAGGAUCCCCUCAAUCAAGAUGCCGCAGCUGUCUUAAGAGAUAACCCAAAAUUGUUUGAAUCCAACGUGAGAAGGGCAAUGACUGGUGGAUAUAUGGGACAAACCUUCUUCCCUCGCUGUAUCUAGUUGCUGUCCUUGUCGAUGGGAAGCAUCAAGCUCAGUGCAUGUAGUUCAGGAGAUUGCAACUUUGGUCUCAUCUCUCUCCCCGUGUGUAUUGAUGCUAAUUCUUCAAAAUAUUGCAAGGCCAAUGUGAAGGUGUGUGUAUGACAGUGUAUUGUUGUGAUGUGUCAGAUACUGCCUGGAGUAUUACUACCCCAUUUCUCAAUAUGAAUCGAUUCUGCAGCACUGAACUUGAGAAUCUAGUCAUGUAUAUAUUUCCUUGAUGUUGGCUAGGAAUAAUACUUUCUCCAUAGUUCAGUCUUGAAAAACAAGUAAUGCAUUCAUAUCUUUUUAAGACUA